AGAUCUAGUCAGUUUGCAAGGAGUUUUGCACAAGGGUAAAUUUCUUGUGCUACUGUAUGUACUCUUCUGAAUUUAUAAUUUUUUGAUGUUGCACCAAAUAAUUUUCACUUACAUUGUCUGGAAAUAUCAUCUGCUGAUGCUAUUGCUAUGUUGUUUAUUGCUCAAAACUUUGUAGUACAUAGUCACUACAGAAUCAAGUGUAGUCUCUGAACUGCGCAAGAGCAAUUUUCAUAAAAUCCUAAAAAAAGAUUUUUUAAUGGGGUGACUUGUUGACAACAUUGAAAAUCAAAAGAAGACUGAAACAAGGAAUCAAAUUUUAUUGUAAUUAAUUGAUGUACAGUAAUGUCUACCUUUGUAUUGUUGUGAUUUUAUGGAUCACUUGGUCAAGGCUUUGAUAUUUAAUAUUGUUCUACCAACACAUCCUGAAGUUUUAGCAAAGACCUUUAUCAGCUAUUGGUUUUUAAUUAUGCAGAUAAAGUGCUAAGGAAACACACAUAGACUAGCUUUGUCGUUUAUCGAAAGGUGUGAAAAGACAAGGUUGUGGUGGUAUAUAACAUGCUGGUUGGCCUAUAUUGAAACACGAACUAAAUCUAUACUUAUUAAGUUCGUCGCUGUGACAAUCGUCCAUGUACCACUAUGAAUCAACAUUGAGGAGAGCAAACACAAUGACAGUUAUAGAUUUUUAUCUCGACUGAAGACGCAGCUGAGGUUGAUCAGCUGGUGGUUGUGCCUGGAUCAUCUCAGUUAUAGAUACAAAUUUUUUCUCAGUCUGGAAAAAUUAAACCCUUUAAGUGUGAGCUUGUAAAUCAAAUUGAAGUUUAUAUCUGUGAACAAUUCCAGCAGGUGUGGACAAGCGACUGGAUAAAGUAUCCUGUUUUAGUUUGGAUGGUGAAUAAUUAUUCUUUCAAAAAAUGACGAUUUCCUCACCUAGACUUUCUGUUGCAAAAACCACACAAGCCGGGACACAAGCAACUGGAGAAAGUAUUCUGUUUUAGUAUAAAUUGUGAAUUAUUAUUCUUUCUUGAAGUGACGAUUUCCUCACCCAGACUUUCUGUUGCAAAAACUCCCUCCUACGUUAACUGUGCAGUGCAAACGUCAUAAGUCCAACCUAAAUGACUAACAUCCAAACGGGAUGUAUUUAACGUCAUUGUUCUGUAGAGCAAGUACUCCUUUUGGAUUAAAUUUGAGUUUGAUUGGAUUACACAGUCAGGUGAUCACUUAGAAGGCUCGUACAACAGCAGUAGUCAACAAGAUAACAACUUCACGAGGGAAUACUUUCUUAACUUCUAUUUUGAUGCAAAGAUCGUAACACUUUGGAAUCUGUGCACGUCAAAGAGAUAAGUUUUUGUUUUAAUGUUGAAAUCACCACACCAAUGUUUUUCGAUCGUUGAACGUGUUAAUUUCAUUAAACCGUGUUGAAAUCCGUAAGUAGUAGCAAGAUUGACUACAGACGGCGGUAAAUAUGCAACCGGCAGUGCAAUUUUUAAAUCGUUAACGUUUUUAGCCUAAAACAAUCCGAUAACAUGGAAGCAAACAAUUUGAGACGACUUUUCAAGUUUCCUGUGUAGAUUGUGACUGGUUAGGAUCUUAAUUGAAGACAUCCUCUGUUCUGUUAAACUUUACUCAAUAGAUACCUUGCUAAUGUGAUUAAGUGAAUUUGGAAUCUUUUACUAUACAUUAUAUUGGCUUCUGUAAAUGAGGCUGGAAAUUACUGUCUGAGAACUGAUGUCUAGCACAUAUGGAUUUUAUUUUGUAGCUUUGGAUAGAGUACUUUAGUUUUUUUCUCACAUUUCCGGAGUAAGAUAGAACAGAACUUCAACUUUGAAACCUACAGGAAGUUAAUAAGUAUCCCCCUCCCCCUCCUCCACCUGGAGUUGUGGUUUGUUGGUGCGUUGGUGACAAAUAUUUUGUUGGUUGGCUGUUCUCAGUAGCGUUAUAACAGGAAUAUACUGACAAUGGGAUCAAAUCAAAGUCGAGCUGCUCCAGCAACUACUACUCCUGUAAAAACUGUGAAGAUGCGACGAGACUCGUCCAUUCCACGCAGACGUGCCUUUUCGGCGCGUGGUAGACGAAAGAGUCGUGACCCAGCCGUGGAGCAGAAGACACAUAGUGUGCACAUUAUUGAGAGUAUACCUUCUACGGAGUUCUUAUCACGUAGACAGCAAAUGGCUGCUUGGAAUACACAUGUUCAGAUGGACUUGCCUCCUGAAAAAGCCAAAUUAUUACGCCAGUAUGACGACACCAAGAAAUGGGACCUUAUCUGUGAUCAGGAAAAAGUACAUGCGAAAGACCCUCCUAAAGUAUACAUCCUCAAGAUUCGACGAGUGAUGGACCCAGGAGGAACCUCUAGGCGUCCAGAGUUUCUUCUGGAGAGGCAACGAAAGAAAAUGUUUGACGCAUCAACUCAAAACCUACGUGAUCUUGAAAUAUCAUUACGUACAAAUAAUAUUCAGUGGGUGAGGGAAUUUCUGAACGAAGAAAAUUUGGGUCUUGAUAUACUUGUGGAAUACCUGCAGUGGUUAAACAAAGCAAUGACGAGACUUGAACAAAGGUUGUUCUCACAGUCUGUGAUUGCUGAUCAAACAAGGUUACAGUAUAAAUCAGAAUUUGAAGAACGGGAGGAAACACUAGCAAGAACCCGGAGUACACAUGCCAUUAAGAGUUCGAAAUCACUGAAGCAAUCUAAAAAGAGUUACAGCGCCCCCAAUCUGUCAAUCACACGAGAUGACGUCCAUGUUUGUAUCCUGUGCCUAAGAGCAAUAAUGAACUUCCAGUAUGGUUUCAACAUGGUCAUCAAUCAUAGUCAAUGUAUCAAUGUUAUUGCUCUCAGCUUAAAUCACCAUAGUCCAAGAACAAAAGCCUUAGUACUGGAAUUGUUAGCUGCAGUGUGUCUGGUACAAGGAGGCCAUGAAAUUAUUUUAAGUGCUUUUGAUAACUUUAAUGUGGUUUGCAGGGAAACAAAACGAUUUGAGCGUCUUUUUGAAUACUUUAAGAAUUAUGAAGAAACAAGUAUCGACUUUAUGGUUGCUUGUAUGCAAUUUAUCAAUAUUGUCGUACAUUCGGUUGAUAAUAUGAACUUCCGGUCUCAUCUACAAUAUGAAUUUACCAAGCUGGGUCUUGAAAACUAUUUAGAGAAGUUACGCAAUACAGAGAGUGAUCGUCUUCAGGUGCAAAUACAGGCGUACCUGGACAACCACUUUGAUGUAAGCAAUCUAAUGGAAGACUCGGAAACAAAGACGGCUGCCUUGGAACGUGUCGCUGAACUCGAGGAUCAUAUGUAUAGGCUGAGUGAGAAACUACAACAAACUGAAGAUGACUGCCUUGCCAAGAUUGCUGACUUACAAAUUAUGUAUCAAACAACUUCCAAGGAGUUAAAUGAAGUAAAAUACCACAACGAAGAAGCUAAUAAAGAAGUCGAGUCUUUGAAACUUGCAUUGUCAGAAGCCAAGGUAGCAGCUGCUAGGGCUGUUCAGCUAGGAUCUGGCCAUGGACCGGGCGGCGGAGGACCAGGUGGUGGAGGGCCGGGUGGUGUAAUAACCAAUGGAAUGGAAGGUUUUGGAGACUUGCCACCUCCGCCGCCACCCCCUCCUUCCGGAAAUGCACCAAAUGAUCUUCCACUUCCACCCCCUCCACCUGAAGCAGAAGCACCUCCCCCACCACCGCCGCCACCGCCUCCCCCGUCAGGAAUUCCUCAACCUCCAGGAAUACCUCCUCCACCUCCGGGAGCACCCCCACCGCCUCCAGGUGCACCUCCCCCUCCUCCAGGAGCUCCACCACCACCUGGAAUGAUUGGCGGAGCACCAAUUGGAUCUGUUACAAUCAAAAGAAGAAUCAAGACUAAGUAUCGUUUACCAGCUCUCAAUUGGGUGGCCUUCAAGCCAAACCAAAUCAGAGGCACAGUCUUCAGUGAAUUAGAUGACGAUAGAGUUAUGAAGGAUAUUGAUUUUAAUCAAUUUGAAGAGGUGUUUAAGACAAAGAGCCAAACGCAUUCCAAAGAUAUACCUGAUGGCAAGUUGAAGACGUUAAGUCGUAAGGAGAAGACAUCGUUGCUAGAUGGAAACAGGCUACAGAACCUGGCUAUCACACGACGCAAGAUCAUGCUACGAAACGAUCAAAUUGUUGCAGCAAUUAGAGCGAUGGACUUGCACACUCUGCCAUUAGAUCAAGUGGAACAGCUGAGUAAAUUCAUUCCCACAGACCAGGAAAUCAAGAGUUACAAACGAUACGAAAAAGAUCAUCUACCACUAGAUAAACUAACCAAUGAAGAUAAUUUCAUGUUUUCGUUGUGCCGUCUGGAGCGUCUUCCUCAAAAACUCAGCAUCAUGAUGUAUAUUGGGAAUUUCCUGGAUAUCAUCCAUGCCCUGCAACCGCAAAUACAUGCUGUUAUAUCAGCUUCGAUUUCAAUUAAGAAUUCCAAACUUAUCAAGAAAGUGUUAGAGGUGAUCUUAGCCUUUGGAAACUACCUGAAUAGUUCAAAACGAGGAGCAGCGUAUGGAUUUAAGUUAUCUAGCCUUGACACACUUUUAGACACAAAAUCGACAGACAGGAAAAUGACGUUACUACAUUUUAUCGUUGAAACGAUUGACCAAAGAUUUCCUGAGUUGCCGGGAUUUACAACUGAUCUGCAGUAUGUACAAAAGGCAUCGGCAGUUUCAUUAGACAAUUUAAAAGCUGACAUCCAUCAGUUGAAACAAGGGAUGCAGGAAUGUAAGAGGGAGUUCGCUGUCAACAGUGAAAACAGUCUCUUAAGAGACUUCUUAAUUAAUUCAGAGGAAAAACUCAAAAAAAUUGAAAUUGAAGGCAAUAAAGCUACUGAAGCAUACAGUGAGGUAGUUGUGUAUUUUGGUGAAAACCCCAAGAUGUGUCCACCUACGGAAUUCUUCCCCAUGUUCUCACGGUUUGCAUCGGCCUACAAGAGAGCAGAAAAAGAGAAUGAACAACGAAAAAAGUUAGCUAAAGCAGCAAAUGAUACGAAAGCCAAUAUUGAAGCAGCGAAGAAAGCUCAUGCCAAUGCAAACAAGAACAGGAAGGGCCAGGAUGCAUUAGUAGCAGAGCUUCAAAAUUGUUAUGUUAACAAAAAAGAGCUUGGAAUUAAACCGGUUUCUGAUGGUGCACUAGAAGGUAUUAUUACAGAUCUAAAAAACGAACCAUACAGGCGUGCUGAUGCUGUGCGACGCAGCUUGAGAAGAAAACAAGAGAACCAAUUCCGCGCCAGCAUCCUCUCGGACGAAAUGGUUAUAUGAGAGUUGGUAGUAUAACCAUGUCGUUGAAAGACAGCACAUCGCAUCAUUAUGAAGAUAUGCAGGUUCGGUCUGUCUGUAGUGGUAAUACAAUUUUUAACUUGUACAAAAACCAGUACAAAAAUAUUUAAACCUUCAGACAACCUUGAGUUAUAUAAUGUUUACUUCUUUUUGCUUUGUAUAUGAUAUUGUUUCCGUUGUUACUGUUGAAGUGUAUUAUUAAAGAAUUGAACUCCAACAUUGCGGUGUUUCCAAAAAAGAUUUGUGCAUCUAGAAUUCCAAAUAAGAAAUUUAUGCUAAUUAAAUUAAUUUUAAUUCAUAAAUUAAUUGUUCAAAUUGGCGAAGUCUAAACUGUAAAUUGUUAAUUAUUUUUUAACUGAUAACACUUCUUUUAUACCGUGUACAAAUGUACAUAAAUAUAUAAAUAUAAUAUUUAGUGCAUUUUAUUAUGUAAACAUGAUACUUGAAUUAUUAUGCUAAUAAUAUAUUUCUGAACAAUACAAAAACAAUAUUUGUAAACUGAGAUAUAAUUAAAUCGGUUUUUUUUUACUAUUUGUGAACAAUAUUUUGCAACUGGAAUUAAUGAGCUCUUACAAACUAGAGAGAGAGAGAGAGAGAAAAAAAAACAAAUAAUUUACCAAAAAGAACUUAUAGGCAACAAAGUAACAUGGUAUUUUUAACAAACUAUUUAACAUUUUGUAUGCUCUAAAAUUUCGAUUUUUUGUUCCUUUGAACAAAAAAAAUUACUGUAUUUUUAAUUAUUAAAUCUUGAGAAUGUUUCUACAGUAGAAUUCCUAAACAAUAGCAUUACAAUAGCAGACAGAUUGGUAAUUUUUCUGUAAUCCUUUAUGAAUAUUGCAAAAGGAUAUAGACAAAGAAAUGGAGUUUGUAAGAGAUUUAUAAACAGUUAUUAAUUUACUAUCAAUUUACACCGUAUACCACAGGUGGGCGAAUAGAAAUUAAAACCCUAUAUGUGCGGCAUGCCGAUCGACAUUGGCUAGAAAACACCUUGUUUUUUACGGCCCGACACCGAUCAUAUGUAAAAAGUAACAUUAAAAUUCAGAAUAAAGUGGUGUAAAUGCAGUGCUCAGAGGUUUUUGAAGCUCACUGGAAACAUCAAAGUUUAGGUACGGCCCUCUGUGUUAAAUCGAAAAUUCACUUUGGCCCUCCAACCGAUUUUUAUGCCCACCCCUGCCCUAUAAUACAUUAAGCACCCUUCCAAGCCCUACCUUCCCCUUCCUAACACCAUCCCCAAUUAGAUUUUUUUUUAAUUCUUGACUGGCACUUGUAUCUUUAAGUUGUAAAUGGAAAAUCUUUAUCAACUUAAAAUUACAUUUCUGGCUGGCUUCCGUGAAAGAGUGAUAACAAAAUGCAUUCAUUGAAAACCAAAGAUAUCACAGGCAAAUUACUUUGUUUUGAAUUUGUGAUGAAAUUAGAGUGUUUAUGAUUGUAACUAAUUUAUACAAAAGCAGAUGUUGAUUGUACAUAUACCUUUCUAUUCCUUCUUACAACACAGUUGAGAUAGGUUAACUUGGAUAAUGUAUGCAAACUUCUAAUAAAAUGUAGGCCUACUUUUAAAAAAAGCAGUGGCUGUUAACCAGUCUUAAACAAAUUCCUAAAUCUGAUUAGAUUUUACUGUCCUAAUCUAAUAAAUAUAAUGUGUAUAGAAUUAAGAAUUGGUAUUGUAUGACUGGUGUAACAAUAUCCACUGCCUUAAAUACACCAGAUACAUAUCUUUUCUUUUACACUCCCUUAAAAUCACCAGAUUCAUAUCUUUUCUUAACUGCUAGUGCUUGUUGUGCAAACUUGUUUGCCAGUAUUUUUUAAUUCACAAUUCGAAAAGGUGCGAGAAUACUAGCAGUGCCCUACUUAUAAAUACCCUAUACACAUAGAUUACAACCAAAGAUCUUAGAAUUAAAAGAUAGUGUUCUCCGCGAACUAUACACAUAGAUUACAACCAAAGAUCUUAGAAUUAAAAGAUAGUGUUCUCCUCGAUUUCUGCGUGCAAAUUCUGUAAUAAUGCAGUGUAGGGCAUCCUCUAACAAUUACAAUUACUUUUGACAUCUAUGAUCUACUUUCAAUUUCUGGAACAACAACCAUAGUAACAACUAGGACGCCCUCUCUCAAUUACUUCGUAUUGCAUUUUACUGAACAUCGACGCUUCUAUUUGUUUACGUGUAGAUUCGCGAAGAGUCCUAUCUUGUUAUUAUAAGAUCUUUGAUUGCAACUGAAUUGCAUACACUGUACAUGAACACUGGUUUGUUAUCAACCUGUUACCUGUCGGUGCCAUCUGCUGUCAGCAGUUCAACAACCAUGGAUCUCCAUCCCUCUCGAUAUUCAGCUCUUCUCACGCAUUCUCUAUACUUCAUAUCUCGUUAUCCCUUGACACUGUUUUAUAUAGCUAAGAUGGUGUUGUAAUUGCUUUUUUAUAUCAUGAAACUUGUAAAGCCCUGAUUGGUUGUACUGAGAUACAGAAUCCUGUCCCCAGUCACUUGGCGUGGUGUCAGUAACUUUUUGACAGAGUUUACAUUAAGAUAGUCCUUGUUGGUGCUACUGACCUUCAAGAUCCAGUCCAUCGUCACUUCCAAACAAACACAACUUGGGGUAUAGGAUAAUCAGUACAUUGAUUUUAUUAAUACGUGAUCAUGUAUGUACAGGCAUAAACAAUUUUUGUUGCAAACUCGAAAUUGUAAUCAUAUCAUUUAAAGUCGGGCUCCAGAGGAAUCCAUAUUUUUGAUAGUUUGUACAACUGAUUUUCUAAGACACAAAAAGCAUAUUUGACGAAAAACUCGGAAGGGGCUAACAGAUUAUUAAAUAUUCAAGAAUGGGGGGGGGUGUUAAAAGUGCAACCACCUCCCUCAUCAGUUUUUAGAUGUUCAAAAAUCUGUAUCUCUUUGGCCACUCUUGAGUUUUUUGGUGAAAUAUACUUUUUGUGUCUUACAAAAAUCAAUCAAAAUUUUUCUUCCGGAGUAUGACUUUAAUAUUUCCAGUAGAUUUUCAUUUUCUUAGCUCAUGACAAUCAGAAAUACAUACAUGGUGGAGGGAUCUUUGAUAAUCUUAUGAAUUGCUUUGUCUUUUUUUAACACAAUUAACUUUUCAUCAAUGUUGUAGAUUACUAUUAUAUAUGGUUUUAAUAAGUUAAUAAUUAUUCCUUUAUUUUACUACUUAAUUCAUAGUUACUGAUUAAAGUUGUUUUUAUUAUGAUUAUUAUGAUAACUAUUGCUCUAGUAAAAGGGUUCAUUCAGUUUUGUUUUUAAUAUAUUGUUAAUGAGUAUUUUUAUAUUUGAUAACCAAAAUAUAUUAUAGCAUACUGUAAAACAGUCUUUGCAAUUAACUUAACAGUAAAGGAAAAUUUAUGUUUACGUGGGUUCAUUUUACAAAUACUAAACAUAACUCUGGUAGUGCAAGCUUCUAGCUAGCAAGUGGGGUUAAUGGGGGGGGGAGAAGAAAUAAUUUCAAUUUUAUUGAAGGGAAUAAAAAGGCACUAGAUUUUUCAACAUAAUUAAUAUCUUACAGACAUACAAAGUACUAAUCAGUUUCUCAAUUUUAUCCACUUUCCAAUUCAGAAAUGCUGAUUUGUUAGUAAUUUUUCAAAUUAUAGUAUAAUUUUUGAAGUAUAAUUGCUGUUUUCAACUUGUUUUAAGGUAAAGCAGUAUUUACACACACACACAUAUCUAUCUAUCUAUCUAUCUAUCUAUCUAUCUAUCUAUCUAUCUAUCUAUCUAUCUAUCUAUCUAUCUAUCUAUCUAUCUAUCUAUCUAUUUAUCUAUCUACCUAUCUAUCUAUCUAUCUAUCUAUCAUAUAUAUAUAUAUAUAUUAUAUAUAUAUGUGUAUGUAUGUACAUGGAUAUUUUUUAAUGUAUUGUUAUUGUUAAUAAAGUAUGUUUAAUAAUUGCUAUGAAUUUAUUAUACAGAUAUUUUAUGUAGUAAGUUUUUCCACAUAUUUUGAGUCAUGUUUACGAUGAAUAUACAAAAUAUUGCAUAGGUUUUUAUCUUUAUUUUGUAAAUAAAUUUUAUUUUUAA